AUGACAUCGAAUAUCAUCAAACAAUUCUCCCAACAACUUGCAACUUAUCUAUGUGAACGAUAUAUGGCACCAAUAUCUUAUCUCAACAUCUAUCGAGCUCAUAACGAAUUUCAAAUCAUAAAAUCUGUGCAACGUAGUCUACGAAAAGGAAAAUAUGUACUUCGUGUAACAGAUAAAGGUGGCGUAUUUCAUAUUGGUCAUUCAAAAGAUUACGAACAAAAGGUAGAAGCUUAUCGACAAAAAACGGGAGCAUAUGUUGAAUUAGAAAAUAAUCCAUUACGGAUAAUUUUUGAGAACGUAGAAGGAACUCGAUUAAUAUCAAUUGUAUCUUCGAUGCAUACACCAACAGAUGAUACUUCUAAGUUUCUCGAUCGAUUACUUCGACCAUUAUUUGAUAAGCAUGUUCGUUCUACUACAAUCAUCGAUGGUGUUGAUCUCAUUCGUCGCCUAGAAACAUAUGUUCCAAAUGGUCACUGGAAGCCAACAACUUAUUUUUGUACAUUUGACAUUACAGAUUUAUACACCUUGUUGCCUCAAGAAGAAUCUCUCAAUGUACUUACUGAAUUUCUCUUGGAACAUGGCUAUCAAAAAGUAAAAAACGUUCCAAUUGAUGCUAUUCGGAAAUUAGCUCGUCUUGUUAUAACAGAAAAUGUUUUUACAUACGAAAAAAAGUUCUAUCGACAAGUAGUUGGUGGUGCAAUGGGAUCUGCAUCCACUCUAACUUUAGCAAAUAUCUUCAUGUGGAAAUGGGAAAAACAACUUGUUCUUCACCAAAUAGCUUCAAAUGAAAUCUA